AUGGUCGUGACAGAUGUGGUACCUGUUGCUAAUGAGGUGGCAGAGACAUAUGCCAUCCCUAUUGUUGAUGGGGUGGCCAAGAUAGAUCCCCCUAUUAUUGAUGAGGUGGCUGCCACAUAUCCGACCCCUAUUGUUGAUGAGGAUACUGCUACUGGCGGUGAUAUAGAGGUUACGACUCCUGCUUCAAUAGAGCUAUCUAUGCCCACUGAUGGAGAGUUCUCAGGAGGAUCCAGUGAUCGAUCAGUGGUUACCGAGUAUGCUGACCAUGUGGCAUACCGAUUAUGA